UCCAGUAAAUACAUUUACAAUGUCCUUUUAAAAAUUUUUAAACUGGUAUUAUAGUGAUGUUUAAAUGUUCUUCAGAAGAAAAUAUGUUGCUUGUUCUUGUCCAGCAGCAGCUUCAUUAGGUGUGCUUUCACUUUUUGAUCUAUUUUAUAAAGCUUCGAUCUUCUUCAUUGGCUUCAAAAGAUGAGAUUUCAAGUUCGUUAGUGCUACUUGUGACAGAACGGCUUGUGAAAAUGUUGCCACAGUGCGGCUCAAUGCAACAGUGUCUCAAGGGGUUAUUGGCACAUCACAUUUCAGUGUCUGUGUCACCCCCGAUGUGACAAAAACUGAGGCAUGUUUUUAUACGUACGCGCCUGCUGAUGCUGCCUUGAAGAGGCAAUCAUUUCUCUGAGACCGGCUGGCUCUUAGGAGUCAAAACACAGCACUCUGUCAAUCAAGAUUUCUCACUAAGAGGGAGCAAAAAAAAAAAAAAAGGAAAAGCGCCUGAGGUGGUGUAAUAUCCACAGAGCAUGCACUCAUAUGGCCCAAUUGAGAAAUAUUGUCGCUCAAGGUCUCUGGAAAGCAGUUUACCUCCUCUAUUUCUGCUUGAAUGUGCUUUUUUUCAUGAGGUCGUGUCACAUUUGGGAAGAAUAACUGAAAUAAUGGUCGGUGGAUGCAGGAUGAAGGCGGGAGGGAAACUGAAUGAAGGACAUGGUGACCUGACUGGGUGAAAAUGUUCCCUUCAGUAAUCACUCAGACUGCAUCAUAAAAGACUACUUUCAUUAUUUGGGGUUAUUUUCUUUCUUUUUUUAAUUUUCUUUUUUUAAAAUGUAAUGUACCAAAAGUUUCUUUACCAUUUCCUCAAAGAUGACUGAUUUAUUUGACGUGUUUGGAUCAUCUUUUUGCCUUUAAAAAAACAAAAACAAAAAACAAAAAGCAAAAAACAAAAACGGUGCGAGCAAUUACAGGUCACCACCACUCCCAUUUAUCACAUCAUUAUCCCCUUUAAUCAAAUCCUCUCUUCUCAUCAGCCCCGCACACUCAGUUUAAUCUAUUGAUUGCAUACAGAUAAUGCACUCUACACAGGACUGUUCAUGUCUGCGGUGACCUUCACCCACCGACUUCACAGUUUUGUUUAAAUACAGUCCUCUCUGAUGCCAAAAGGGGGCAGCCUUCGUUCUGUUUAAUAUGGUAAUAGGCCAACAGCAGGCUGUAAGUUGAUCUCUGCAGUUUACAGUAAAAUCACUUCCCAAUUGAAAGUGGGAAUGUGAAUUAAAUAUUAAUACUCUGGUCUCUGGUCAGUUCAAAUUACUUCAGUUACAAAAGAUGUCUUGCAGAUAGUGGCAACUGAUGUUUAUAAACCCUAAAGUGCUAAUAAAUGGGUUAUAAAAUAUUUCAUCAUUUGUUAGAAGUAAAAUAACCAUUAAUUUAAUUAAACUAACUUUACAUUUACCAUUUAUUAUUCAUUGUAACUAUAAAGUAUUACCCGCAUGGCUGAAACACAGUGAGGACACGUAUGAAGCUCAAAAACGCAACUCGAAGUCACUUCUCCUUUAGCCGUUUAUGACUUAUUUGAACCACGAUCUAUCUAUGGGUCCAUGCGGAUAUCUCUUCAGUGUCAGCAUCAUCACAUACGGUUAAUGACCAUGGUCUGUUUGCCCCGACCCGUAAAUGACUUUCUGUCCUGACUCACAGACGUUAAUGUGCCUUAAAAGCACCAAGUUCAAUAUUGACAAAGAGAGAAUAAGUCCUCACACUUUCUACAUUUUCUCCACAGGAAGUUGCUUGUUUUACCCACUUCAUGUAAAAGAGGAAAAAAAGACUCAAGGAAAAGUGACAAAUCUAAAUGACUCAUUUCUUGCACUGGCCAAUACAGCUGAAAUGGAGGAUUGGGAGGUUCGCACUUCUUUAGGACCCACAGAAGUCAAAGAGAACGCCUCAUCACCAAUGGUUAACAGGUCUUGUGAGAAUCUGGAGUGCUAUAUGGUCCUCACGAAGGCAGAGAAGACAGCCAUCGGCUCCAUCUGUUUCCUGGCGGGUCCAGUCACACUGCUGGAAAAUGCUCUUGUGUUGGGAGUCAUCGCUGCCACCGCCACCCUGCGACAGCGGCCUUCGUAUCUGUUCAUCGGCAGCCUUGCUCUGGCUGACGUCUUCGCCAGCUGCUUCUUCACCACCAGCUUCCUGGACUUUCACCUCUUUCGACGCAGCGAUGGCCCCACGGCAUACCUCUUCAAAUUAGGUGGUGUCACCAUGGCCUUCAGUAGCUCAGUGGGGAGUUUACUGCUGACCUCUAUGGACCGCUACCUCUGCAUCCAUCAGGCCUGCAGCUAUAAGGUGCUGCUGACCCGCCGGAGAGCCAUGAUGAGCCUGCUCAUCCUCUGGAGCGCCACCAUUAUUAUCUCCUUCUUGCCUCUGAUGGGAUGGAGGUGUCCCACAGGGCUUAAUCCGCCCUGCUCACACCUGUUUCCCUACAUCAACCAGGGCUACCUUGCCUGCUGGACCAGCUUCAUCCUGGUGCUCCUGGCUCUCAUUUUAGGGGCUUACGCUCUCAUCCUGUGGAAGGCCCACCGCCAUGAGUCCUCCAUGACCAGCAUCCAGGCAGCGGCAGGGACAGGCCAUGCCCGCAUGAGGAUGGAUAUCCGGCUAGCACGUACCUUUGGCCUGAUCCUGCUCAUACUCGUGGGAUGCUGGCUCCCUGCGCUCUCCUUCAUGUUAGCUGACGUUGCUGUGCUCCUGACCCACACCCAACAGAGGGCCUUCGCCUUUUGCAGCACCCUCUGCCUGGUCAACUCCUCAGUCAACCCACUACUGUAUGCACUGCGCUGUCGAGAGCUGAGAGUCGCUCUGCUGCAGUUGCACCACAGGCUGUGUGUGAUCGGGAGGUGUAAAAAGUCCACGGGGGACUUGCCCCCAGGGUUACCCUCCGCUGAGGACAACAACUGCACUGCCAUCACUGAGGAUGACACACCCAGGAUCAGAACCACCCGACUUAACUCGAUCUCAGAGGUGGUGACCAAUCAGCAGCUGAACAUCAGAAAAUGAGUUGAAAUCAAGUAUCACAAGUCCAGUUGCCUACAAUACAGCACUUAGAAAUCAAGUAGUAGCUGUAGAGAUAGAGAAGUGUCUGUGUUUAUGGCAGCGUGGUUGGAGUGUAAAAGAGACUUUGAGGAGAACUUCACUGUAGAUCAAUAACCAAGGGCCUCAUUUAUAAAAAAGUUAGAUUUAUACGUGAGCUUAGUCCUAAGGUCAUUUCUGAUGGGGUGCUUAUUGACCUCCUGUUGAAUUCAUAACUGUAUUCUAAUUCUACAUCAAUGCUGUUAGCUCCUGUUAAUUUCUUAGCUCAGUUAGCCUGUUGGCGUUUAUACUGUUAGCACACAGGUUUAUAAUUCUAGUCCAUCUUUGAGAUUGCACCUUUAAAAUUAACGCACAGACACCUGCCUGGUAACUUCCCCUCAUAUCCUGUUAGGAGUAGAUCAAGAACGAGAAAAUCUAACUUUUUGAAAAACAAGAUCACAGCAAUGGUACAGGAGACUGAAGCCAGGCAGCACAUAUUGUUCAGCGGACUAAAUAGUAGGUUGACAAAAAAAGCCAAACAGAGCUUGAGAGUGUGUCGCCGUUGCACAUUGUUUAUAAAGCCCACCACAGACUUGGACACAUACCCAAGUAAACUGCAGUACGCCUAAGAAGCAAGAGAAUCACUGAAGUCGAGUCUAGACGUAGAGAUAAGAUCAUUUCCACAUCAAAGUAAGGUUUUUUAAUAAAUAAAUGCUUGUGCCUGGUUUUCUAUUUCAGUCAUACUUAAGAUCAAAAUUGAUCAUGAGUCUGGUUUAUAAAUGAGGCCCCAAAUCUUAUGAGCAGGAUUCAUUCUCAGCAAAGUAUUUAGUGCUAGUAAAUAACUUUACCUUUGCCUUUUUGAUAGAGGCUGUCGUGGCAACAUAACCACAACAGGUAACAGGUCAUCAGCAGGCAUGUGGACUCGAGGCACUGUUUUUAUGAUGUGUAUCUUUACUUGACAGAAGAUAAAUGACUUGCGACUCGACUUGGACCUGGAAGAAACGUCUGACUCCAUUUUUAUGUUUGAGUAUUAGAUUUAUUUGGGAGUUGGGAAUGAGACAAAAAAAAAACAACAAAAAAAAAAUUACCUUUAAAAGUGAUGGUGAGGUAAUAUUUUAAGUUUGACGGGAAAUUAAGAAAUAAAUAACUUUUUAUUAAGGUUUUUUUUGUUUGAUUACACUUAUUUUAGCUGGAUAUCACUUCAUCAUACAAAUGUAAUUAAUUGUCAUAGUUUUUGAACAGGUUAGAAAAACUGUGGAAAAACAUUAUCAGCAGGUACUAUGACUUCAUAUGUUCUCUUUAAAAAGACCAGAUACUGCCGGUUAGGAUUGCAAUCUUGCGCAAAGAAGGAUCUGACUUGAAUUGACUUGUUCAAGAAAAAAUAACUUGGACCUAUUGACUUGAGUCACAUGCCUGGUUAUCAGACAGAAAAGUCUUUAAAAUGUGGUGUGUUUGUAAAACAGCUUGUAAGGAGACAAUGUGACUUUUGGCAAAUAUAUAGUCACCAUUGCACAUUUCUUUAAUUGUCACAAUAAGUACGACUGACAUGGUAUGAUUCUGUUUUUUACAUUUUUUGAUGAGCAGACGAACUUCAGACUAGAAACAGAUUCCAGUAGAAUUAAAGCCUCUCAUUUGCAGACAUAGGUUUAGGCCAAGCAAACAGCUUUUGAGGUGAUGUAAUGUGGCCAUCUGACCCAUAACCUCUCUGCCUCACAUGUCAGUGCUUUAACGCUCUCACUUCUAUCACACACACUGGGUCCUGUGAACUGAAAUGCUGACUCAACUUUUGGCGUUCAGAAAAAUGGAUUUGUUGUGCCUAUGCCUGCUUAUGUGCAAGGAUUUGUGCAGGAACAGAGGACCCUGUGGGUCGCCUAUCCUAUCUGCACAUGAAUGCCAGGACUCCACAAAGGGCCUCAUGCACGGGAGGAUUUCACACAAUGUUCACCACAUGAAUCCAAGCAGUGUGCCGAGGUAAAUGGGACACAUGCCAGGAAGAGAACGAGCACAGACACUAGAACACUCUUUGCAAUAGUCACAACUGGCAGCUGUGGUAAAGCACAUGGAUUGGCAUUCACUUAAAGUCACAGGCAUGCAUAGAGCGACAAAACAGAGGAUCACAGAAGUCUUACAAGUUGUUGAACUUAGGUCAUCAGUUACUGGACAGAACACAUGUUUCAACCACUAUAUCUUAUAAUUAAAAAUGAUACUUGACCAUACUCUAUUUUGACUCACUAUGUUUCUUCUCGAGCAAAUACCAAAAGUUAAUCUUCUUCAUCUGUCCUUACUGUGAAGUGAUGAAAGAAGUCAGCAGUCUGGUGUUUGCAAUGAUUUGUAAGAGCCAUUUUUGUUGGAACUACUUUAGAGAUGUGUUAUAGGUUGUGUCACAUUGUGAGGAUACUUUUUAAUUGUGCGCAUGUUCUAUUUAUAUGAAUGAGGGUAGACUAACUAACAAAGUAUAAUGCAAUAUGAUUCAAAACAGAGUACAAAAUGAUCACUGAGUUGGCAAAGGAUUCAUUUUAUUUCCUCAAAAUCCGACAUAUAACAAGAAACAGCAGUGAUGAAUCUAAGUUAAUGUAAGUGCAUUUACCCAAGUACUCUACUUAGGUACAAUUUUGAGGUACUUUAAAUGGGUAUUUCCAUUUAUACUGCCACUCUUCUACAUUUUGGAGGCAAAUGUCCUACUUUAUAUUCCACUGCUUGUAUCUUAAAACUUUAGUUACUAGUCACUUUAGAGAUGGCAUGGUGUAUAAGGGCCAAAGAAGCACAUUUUUAAAUUAUUGUAUUUUAUCAGUAAUCAGAUGGAAAGAAACACUGAUUCAAAUAACCAGAAAAAUGCAGAAUAUACGAUCCGGAAAUCGGCCGGUCAACCCAUAGUGUACACGAUUACAUUUGAUAUCAGAUACUUUAAAGACUCUUACUCAACUCUUAAUAUGCAUGACUCUCACUUGUGCCAUAGUAACAGUUAAACAUAGGCUUUACUUUUACUCAAGUUUGUCUUUUGGAUACUUUUAACAACACUGCACUACAUUAUACAGAAGAUGAGGAAAAUAGAAUUUGUGUUACAUUUUACAGAACUGCAUACGAUGGCUUUUUGUCUUUUCACACUCUAAGAAAUUAUAAAAUGCCACCUUGACUGAUUUUGCUGAAUACUUUCCAGCGGUUCAAACUAAGUCCUAACUCCCCCAGAUUCUAAAAGAGUCAAUAUUGCUUAUAUUUACCUACAGUAAUCUGUUAUAUAUUAACAAACCAAAACACUCCAGUAAAAUAGAUUUUUAAUCCCAGUGACAACUUCAACAUCACUUUUUUUCAAAUCAGAGUUAAGCAGAUUUGAUUUUACGUUAUCAGUUUAUCUUACGUGAUGGUGGUUCAUUACAGGACAAUGACAGUUUAAGUGGGUGACACAAAACAAUAGACAACAGUGAGUGUGUGACUGGUGAUGUGACGCAAAAGGAAAGGUAUGGAGCAUGUAAAGCCAGAUAAUAUCGUAAAGUCAACUAUCUUUGUAAUAAAUUUUAUAUGAUUAAAGUUAAGAUAAUAACUACUUUACAUCUGGUUGAGCAGUUUAAUCUACAGCACCAUAUUAUAUCAGGUCAUCAUAACUGUGGUUAAUCCAAGAGGGUUUAUAUGGAGAUUAUCUAUUUGAGCAACAUUUCAUCUUCCAGUUUAUCACAAACACUCAACAUGAACAGAGCUGGUUCUCACGUCAAAGCAUGAAAAAUUGUAAUCUGAAUAGUGAAUGGUAACUAAAGCUGUCAGGUAAAUUAUUUGUACAUGUAAAUGUGAAUGUGUACUUAAGUAAAUGAAUUGAGUAAACACAUGUUCAUGUUGGUCACUAUUGUAUCGUGUGAUUAAGCUCUCUUUAACACAAUAUUUCUGCUCAGGGACUCCAGGUCAACAUCAUCAUGCAGCCAUGCUGGGUCAAUGUAAAAAGGUACCUAUCUGGGUAAAUUAUAUAUCCACACACGUUGUAUUUAGUUAGCAGAGAAUGUAAGAGAGCUAGCCUAUGUUCCCACAGCCCUAUGUUCCCACAUUUCCCUUUUCAUAAAUUUGUAUCAGAUUUUAUCCCCCUUUCUCUCAAUUUGGUCACCAAUUACACUACAUUACAUUACCACUACUACCUAUUAUCCAGUAGCGAUGGACUACAGAUGGAAUGUAGCUUUUAGCUAAAUCUGGUGAGCCCAUCUUUUUGUUUAUUGCAAACAUUCAAUGUAAGUGCACAUUGUCCUUCAAAUAUACAAAGUAAACUAAGUAGCACAGAGGCCUCGCACUGACUAACUUCCGGUCAGAUCAGUCAAAUGAAGUGCUGCAAACCCUAACUCUAACUCUGGAGCACUUAAUUUGGAUGAUUUUUUUCCCUUUGUGAUUGCAAUAGUCCUGCUAUAUCUUCUCCCUUUAAUUCGUUGUGUUCCCAUUUUUGUCAGUUUUGAACUUUUUAUUUGGAUAAGUCUCCACAAACACAAUUUUUGAUAAAGCGUACCAGAGAAUGCCUGAUGUGUUAAUAGUUGCCAUUAUAUCUAUUUUCCUUCUUAUUCUUUUACUUUAUAUGAGCCCUGCACUCAGCUAUGACCCG